AUGCAACACCUGUUCGGCGAAGCACCUUCAAAUCGCUCAGCCUCGUGGCACCGUCCACCCGACUCUCGCGGCUCUUUCAACAUACUCUCGUCGUGCGUUGUUACUCUUGGUCUUUGCAUCUGGAGCGCUGUCCAUUUGAACAUCCCCAAACAUGAUCCCAGCCCAAAGCGCAGGAAGUGGAAUCCUAAAGGCUGGAUCAAGGCAAAACACCUGCACAAGGCUGUAUGGUUGAUUAUAGGGUUACUAGCACCCGAAAUGAUUGCUUUUAUAGCAUGGGUACAACGACGUGAAGCUCAUCGACUGACAUUACCACCCAGAACGAGAGACGCCGAGUUAGGCUCACUUGGCGAUACUUCUGGUUCCCCUACGCAAGAACAUUCCCGACAACCGUGGACACAUAUCCAUAGCUUCUUUGUACUCGAAGGUGGCUUUGCGAUUGACACCUCAGAGCUUCCAGAACCAGAGAAGUAUCUACCGGGCAACCGCGAUCGGGUCACUCUGACGCCAGAAGGCGUUCGUUUCUUAAUCGAAGUGGCCCCAUCGUGGUUACCAGAUAUUUCAGAGGAGGAUAUCAAAGACAAGAGCAAAGCUGAUGGCCUGACCAAGACCAUCGUCUGCAUCCAAGCUACAUGGUUCAUUGUGCAGUGUAUCGUUCGGCUUACUACGACUGGGUCUUCCAUCUCCUUACUAGAACUGAACACGUUCGCGCAUGCCAUUUGUGCGCUUCUUAUCUAUGGGCUCUGGUGGGACAAACCUUUCGACGUCGAGGAACCAAUCCGGAUUACGCAUCCGGAGAUACACGACCUGUGCGCUUAUCUUUGUUUCUUUCAAGAAUUUGAUGGCGCUUGCGACGACAAGUUGGUGUCAAUACCAUACCGCGCAGACUUGAUUAGAAAGGCUCAAAGUUAUGCCCCUAAUGUCGAUGCAUCGUCCUCAGAGGGAGUAAGUCGUGCCCUGCGCACCGGCUGUGUCCAGGAGCUAUCCCGUCUAGGUCCAGUGUCGGAAGACAGAGCUCGAUGGCUCACUUACAUUCCCGGCGCGAUGGCGCAGCCAAGAAAAGGGUUUCUUGCUCCUGGAUACAUGACAAGAGCUCGGGAACGAUGGAACAGAGCUUGUCUCUGCACGCUUGCAUUUAAUGAUUUGGAAGGAGCCGUAGCCCCACCUUGGUACGCUACUGUCAAAGAUCGUCAAGGAAACUUUCCGGUCGAUAUCGGGCAUGGGGCUCUCGAGGGCCCAUUUCUCUUUGGAUUCACCUUGGCUGGUCUUUUCUAUGGAGGUCUUCACCUAGUCGCUUGGAAUGCGCCAUUCACGAGUCAGACUCAACGCUUGUUGUGGGAGGUCUCCGGUCUCGCAGUUGCUUCGUCCGGCCCCGCAAUACUGAUUGUCGCUGCGACCGAUUCGGUACUACCCAAACUUCGCAAGAUUCGCCGUAGGGCUAAUAUUUCGGUGACCUUGAAGACUUUCUUCGAUAGGGUGGCUGACAUUGCAUUCAAUGGGGCAUUUAUCGUCAUCGUAGCAGGCGCUGCGUUGUAUGUGCUGGCCAGGAUUUACCUUGUGGUCGAAAGUUUCAUCUCCUUUGCAUACUUGCCAGAGUCGGCUUUCAACCAACCUCGAUGGGUCGGGUACUUUCCUCAUAUUCAAUAA